GUUCAAUUGCCUUGGCUUCAAUCUGUUCUGAUCUGAUUCCGCCACAUGGUUGACACCAUAUCCUCUGUCUCGCGGGAUCAUGUCCGUCAAUGAGCGUCGCGCCAGUCAAAUGGGUGCAUCACGGCCCCGCGUAGCAUCAAAUCGCGUCGACGCCGAGAAAGCUGCUUUGCGCGCUGCUGCGUCUCCAUUACAAUCGGAAAAUAUGGAUCAGCUUCGUGACAGUGCGUCCAGUCAAAAGAGCAGAGCUUCCCGAGAUCAACAGAACAUCACCACUAGCGAAAAGCGCACCGAAAGGACAACGAUCAACACGAGAGAAAAGGUUCAAAUGCGCACACGGAACCCAGUUAAAGAGUCGGCAAGCGCGGGAAAUAGAGGAGAUUGGGAAAAGUUACGGAUGAAGAGAGCUAAUCAGACAGAUGGUGCGACUUCUGGUAAUGCCCGGAAGAAGGAGAAAGAGCCGGCGGAGCAAUCUUGGAUGCCGCAAGCCUCGUUGAUUCCCCAUUCGACCGCACCUUUAGCCAGUCGUGUAUCCGUACCUCCUCUUGCCUCUGCAUUGCCGCAACCGCUUCAUCCCACACCGCUUCGCGAACUUAACACCGACGCGCAGGAAGCAGUGAUCUUGGAAGACCUACUGUUUGUGUUCAUGGGAUUCGAAGGCCAAUAUAUCCAUUACCAUCAUACGUUUGACCCGACGGCGGAGAAAGACCGUUUGGCUGGUCCAGCUUUUCAACUGCCGUCCGGGCUGGACCCGACGCUGAGAGACCUGACUUCUUCCAUGCUGAAGAUGGCGACGCAUUACAGUGCAUUGGAGUCAUUCGUGGAAGUACAGAGUCGUGCUGAAUAUGGAGCCGUUAACCAUGCGUUGUGCGCCACGAUUCGACGGAUAUUAAAGGACUAUCUAAUCCUCAUCGCUCAACUUGAGACACAACUGCUGAACCACUCGAAUUUUACACUACAUAUGCUGCAUUUACACACCAUGCCAACAAGCCAAUGCUUGUCUCAACUAUACUCUCUCGGACAAGAACUCUUGAGACGCAAUGGACUGUUAGAUCAGGAUAUCGAUGAGUCAAUCGACGACUUCGACGACGUCGACAAUAUUCUAGAGCAGUUGAAAGAAGGAGGAGACCUCAUCCCGGGGGCCAUGUCAAACAAGAAGAUAUGCAAAGGAGGCAAUGUCCUUCGACUGCUCACCGAGCGGUUGGCCACGUUCUCCGGCGACCCAACCACGAAGACUCUUCUGGAGAAGCUGCUCCGCGACGCCAGUCGGCCGUACAUGGCGAUGCUUAAUGAGUGGCUGCACCACGGAGACAUCAAAGAUCCUCACGCGGAGUUCCUUGUCAAAGAGCAGAAGUGGAUCAAGCGAGAAAAGCUGGAAGAAGACUACACAGACGAGUACUGGGAGAAACGAUAUACUAUUCGCGAUAACGAAGUGCCUCCCCAGCUUGAAGGUGUCAAAGAUAAGGUGCUCCUGGCCGGAAAGUACCUCAAUGUUGUGCGAGAAUGUGGUGGUGUUGACAUUAGCCAAAAAGUCACGGACGUUCCUCAUACCCUAGAUGAUCCCCGGUUCCUAGACAACGUCAAUGCAGCCUACACCUAUGCCAAUGCAUCUCUGCUGAACCUCCUUCUCACUAAGAACUCGCUCACGACACGCUUCCGGUCUCUCAAGCACUACUUCUUUCUGGAUCGCUCCGACUUCUUCUCCUACUUUCUUGAGCUCGGCUCGUCAGAGCUACGCAAACCAGCCAAAAGCGUUAAUGAGAACAAGCUUCAAUCGCUGCUUGAUUUAGUACUACGUCAACCCGGCAGCAUUGCAGCUUCUGAUCCCUUCAAGGAGGACGUCAAAGUGCGGAUGAACAAGAUCGGGCUAACAAAAUGGCUGAUGCAAGUGGUGAGCGUCUCCGGCAUCGACCAAGACAACCCCGAGGCGGUUCUCGAGAGAUACCAGGCUCCUCAAACACAAGGUGGAGAGGACGACAAGGAUAUUGUUGGUUUCGAUGCACUGGAACUCGAUUACUCCGUCCCCUUCCCGCUGUCACUCGUCAUAAGCCGCAAGACUGUCCUUCGAUAUCAACUGAUAUUCCGACACCUCCUCUCGCUGCGCCACCUCGAGACUCUGCUAACUACAUCCUGGUUAGAUCAGAACAAGGUUAUUGGCUGGCGGCACAAGUCUUCUGACCGCAGACUGGAGAUGUGGAAGAGGCGCGCAUGGAGUCUCCGCUCCAAGAUGCUUGUAUUUGUCCAGCAGCUGCUGUACUUUUGCACAGCAGAGGUCGUCGAGCCGAACUGGCAGAACCUGAUGGAUAGAGUCAACGGCACUGAUGCUGAUGGGUCGGAAGUGACGAUCAAUGGCACCAAGCAAGUUAAUCGGACGGUGGAUGAGCUUAUGCAGGACCACGUGGAUUUUCUGGACACAUGCCUUAAGGAAUGCAUGCUGACCCAGGCCAAGCUGCUGAAGAUCCAUUCGAAGCUGAUGACCUGUUGCACUAUGUUUGCGUCCUGGACCGCUUCCUCCCUUGCACGAGCUUUGGCUUCUGCUGACGUGGACUUGUCCGGGAACAAGGCGUCUAAUUCCGAUGGUAGAGGCUAUGACCCGACGCGGAUUGGCAAAUUAGAGGACACCUUGAAACGAUACGAGGACCAUUUCAACCGUCAUCUGCGCAUCCUAAUGGACAGCUUGAACUACUUUGCUGCGACGGAAAGCGUUGUCCUUCUCAAAUUGGCCCACGCUUUGAGCUCAAUCAGCAAAGAUGAUUGAACGUCCCACCGCUGAUGUACUUGACCAACCACGCUAUAUACCACACAACCAGACAACUGCAGCGUGCUCGAAGACACUGUGGAUGAUUAACACUUGCGACAUGCGAGAUCAUCAUCUUUGUAAUCAUUGAAUGAUAUCCGUCAGUGCUCAGCAGGCGCGAUACAGCUUCUUCUAUUUGAAGAGCACCUUUUGCGCAGACAAAUCUAACACUGGGCCCCAAUCCCAGUUCGUGUCUGCUGUGUUAGCAAGCUAGGAUGACUUUCGGCCGAUGACUCCAAGAGAAUAGUUCGGAAUCUCGCCGCUCGCAAAUUCUGUUCUCUUGCAGGUUUACAGAUACGACGGCUUCACGAAGAUGACUACUUCGUAAACGCAAACAUCAUGAUGACAUAUGGUUGGAAAUGGAAGCGAAUGAACAACAUGAACAUGAAAUUCGAUUUAGAUACCCUGAUGCAUGUUUAGUCUGGC